UGCCAUUUCCACAACCUUCUUUAUAAGCUACAAUAAUUUGCUACUCUCUUCACUAUCCUCUGCUGACUAGUAACUACUGUCUUUUCUUUCCUCUUCCUCUCAGCUCUUGGAGACUGCCAUGGCCAUUGAGCAGCUCAAGGAUGUUGAAAAUGGUGAAAACAAUGGCCUUAAGGGCUUGGAAGAGCCUCUUUUCUCUGCUUCACCAAGAGAGCCCUCCAUGUGGAUGGUCUUGCUCUGCACAUUGGUUGCUGUUUGUGGUUCUUUUGAAUUCGGAUCGUGUGUGGGCUACUCUGCACCAACUCAAUCUGUGAUCAGGGAAGAACUUCAUCUCUCUCUGGCUCAGUACUCUAUGUUUGGCUCAAUAUUAACAAUUGGAGCAAUGGUUGGUGCUGUUACGAGCGGUCCGAUUGCAGACUUCAUCGGCCGAAAAGGGGCUAUGAGAAUUUCGGCUACCUUCUGCAUUACGGGUUGGCUCGCUGUUUAUCUGUCGACGGGAGCUUUAUCCCUGGACUUUGGAAGGCUUCUCACUGGUUAUGGGAUUGGAAUUUUCUCCUAUGUGGUCCCAGUAUUCAUAGCGGAAAUAGCACCGAAGAAUCUACGGGGAGGCCUCACAACACUCAAUCAGCUUAUGAUCGUUACGGGCUCGUCGGUUGCCUUCUUGUUAGGAACUAUGGUAUCAUGGAGAACACUUGCUUUAACUGGAGUUGUUCCAUGUAUUUUUCUGAUUCUCGGUCUGUGGUUCGUUCCGGAGUCUCCGAGAUGGCUGGCAAAGGUUGGCAAUGAGAAAGGAUUUCUAGUUGCAUUGCAGCGACUUCGUGGGAAAGAUGCUGAUAUCUCAGAUGAGGCCGCUGAAAUCAAGGACUACAACAAAAAUCUGCAAAGUCUUCCAAAACCCAAACUCCUAGAUUUGUUCCAAGGCAAAUAUAUUCGUCCCGUUAUUAUCGGGGUUGGGCUAAUGGUGUUCCAACAAUUUGGAGGCAUCAACGGGAUCGGUUUCUAUGCUAGUGAAACCUUUGCAUUAGCUGGCCCCUCAUCAGGCAAAGCUGGAACCAUUUCUUAUGCUUGUUUUCAGGUUCCAAUAACGGUAAUCGGUGCAAUGUUGAUGGAUAAGUCAGGGCGAAAGCCGCUUAUAAUGGUGUCAGCCAGUGGCACAUUUUUAGGUUGCUUUCUAGCGGGAGCUUCCUUCUUUCUCAAGGACCAUGGCUUGUUGCUCGGGUGGGUCCCGAUUCUCGCCAUUGCUGGAGUUUUGACAUAUAUAGCAUCCUUCUCAAUAGGAAUGGGAGCUGUUCCAUGGGUGAUAAUGUCUGAGAUCUUCCCCAUUCAUGUGAAAGGAGCUGCUGGGAGCUUAGUAGUUUUGGUGAAUUGGUUAGGUGCUUGGGCAGUUUCUUACACCUUCAACUUCCUAAUGAGUUGGAGUUCUUCAGGGACAUUUUUUGUUUAUUCUGGUUUCUCUUUGUUAACUAUUGUGUUCGUGGCCAAGUUGGUCCCAGAAACCAAAGGGAAAACAUUGGAGGAAAUCCAAGCCUGCAUCAAUCCAGAAAUAAGAGGACUUGAAUCUUUGAAUUGAAAAUCAAGUUUUAUUUAGAACUUUGGGGUUUUUUUUAAAUAUUUUUUCUUCUUCUAUUGUCAAAUUUAGGGAGGGUUAAUUUUUGGUUGGUUAAUAUUUGGUAGAAUCAAAGGUCUCAAUUUUACUGAGAUAUCGAUAAAAUAUGUAGAUGUCAGUGGAUAUUCUUAAAAAA